UCAACCCCGACAACAACAGCAAAAGCAACAGCAACAACAACAACAACUACAGGCAACGGAAAGAACUAUGCAAAGCCAGCUGCUGCUGCUGCUGCUGUUGGUUCGCUUCAAAACCGGUCGACGACGCCGCAGUUGCAUUCAGUUAUUAACGAGCGCUACUCACAGCUACAGCAACGGCAGCAGCGGCAGCCACAGCAGCAGCAGCAACAGCCACAGCAGAAGUCACUUCACUCAACCAACACACACACACCGAGUGAGAGAGCGAGAGAGGAAGAGAGUAGAGAUAAGCAUACACACACACACACACACACGCAACGCACACAUAUUGUCGUUUUGCCUUUUCACGAGUUUGAGUCGGAGAGCGCGGCACGCAAACAGAAUUCAGUUUGAGUUGAGACGUUGUCGUGGGCACGUCGCAGCAAAGAGAAGAGCGCAGUAACACAACUAUAGCUACAACUACAACGACAACUACAACCAUACAUAGCAAAGCAAAGCACAAAAGACGUAAAAAUAAUCAGACUAUACAAACGCUUAGUGCCAAGUGACAGUGCAGAAAAAUAAAAGAUCCAAAUCAAAGUGCUAAACAAAAACUAAAAGCUAAGAAAGCAAAAGAAACACACAAAAUAAAAGCAGGGAAUAUGUCUUCAACUUCGGCCUCGCCCAUCAGCAACAUAACCGUGGACGACGAGCUUAACAUAAGCAGAGAACAAGAUUUUGUCGAGGAGGAUUUCAUUGUUAUCAAGGAGGAGCGCGAAAGCAGCUUGUCGCCAAUGUUGACGCCACCGCACACGCCCACCGAGGAGCCAAUGCCACGACGUGUCGCGGCAGAGGAGUCGGUGGCCACACAGUUGCACAUGCGACACAUGGCGCACUAUCAGCAACAGCAGCAGCAGCAGCAACAACAACAGCAGCAACAUCAUCAGCAGCAUCGUCUGUGGCUGCAGAUGCAGCAGCAGCAACAACAGCAACAGCAUCCACAUGGCCACUAUCCAGUCUAUGCUGGCGCCAAUGCCGAUCCUGUUGCAGUGCAUCAGCAGGCGCUGCUGAUGAAUCAAUGGAUACGCAAUGCUGCCAUCUACCAGCAGCAGCAGCAACAACAGGCAGCAGCUGCCGCAGCACAGGGACAUCACCGUCAUCAUGCGCAUCCCCAUCACCAUGGCCAUCAUCAUGGUCAUGCGGCACAUGCUCAUGCCCCAGCCCAUGGCCAUCCGCAUGUCCGCCCCUAUCCCGCUGGACUGCACAAUCUGCAUGCAGCCGCUCGCCACUUUGGUGUUCUACCCAAACUGCAGCUGAGCGGUGCAGCAGGAGCAGCAGCCGCUGUUGCAGCAGGCGGCAGCGGUGGCAGCAGUCGCCCCAAGAAGCAGUUCAUCUGCAAGUACUGCAAUCGCCAGUUCACCAAAUCGUACAAUCUGCUCAUCCAUGAGCGCACACACACCGAUGAGCGUCCCUAUUCCUGUGAUAUCUGCGGCAAGGCGUUCAGGCGUCAGGAUCAUUUGCGUGACCAUCGCUACAUUCACUCCAAGGAGAAGCCCUUCAAGUGCAACGAUUGCGGCAAAGGCUUCUGCCAGUCGCGCACUCUGGCCGUGCACAAGGUGACCCAUCUGGAGGAGGGACCCCACAAGUGCAACAUCUGCCAUCGCAGCUUCAAUCAGCGCGCCAAUCUCAAGAGUCAUCUGCAGAGUCACAGCGAAUCGGCCACGAGCGCAGCAGCCGCAGCUCAGGCAGCGCCAACAUCACCGCCACAGACAACGCCAGCUCCUCAGUUGGUCAGUCCGGUGGAUCUGUCCUCGUCGGCUGCCCCGGAGCGUCCCAAGCGUGCGUUGGGCUUCACCAUUGAUGAGAUCAUGAGCAGAUAGAGCAAGCGGAGUGGAUGCAAAAUGUAUUGGUUUUAUGUUCAGGAUGCCAAAUGCACACAUCCAGUUCCAAUUCCAGUUCCAGACUGCCAAGCGCCGCCAGGCAUGGGAAGUGCCUGGCCUGGAGUCGCAAUCAGCAGCAAAAGCAGCAGAAGAAGCAGCAAGAGCAGCGUUCUCCAGGAGGGAUCGCCACAGUCCCCAGUGAAAGGACGAUCAAAGAGUCACACAACUAGCCCAAUCGAUGCUAUAUAAUAACCGAUCUUAUAUAGCUAUCCGAUUGUGUCUACAACUGAGUAAUGAAUGCCAAAGUAGAAACAAAAGAGAAAAAGAAUACAACAGUAAAAAGUAUUGCGAACAAUUCCAAAAUAUAUCAAGCAAGAAGAGAAGAUUAAGAGAGUGAAAGCGAAAAAAUAGAAAAUAGUUAGAGAGAUUUCUUCAGCCACAAGAUAACUGUAAAACUAUAGUUUAGAUUAUAAUUUAUGUUAAUUAUUUAAAUGCUAAUCGUAUGUACCUUAUAGCUAUAGCUAGCCGGAUUCUUCAGUUUGUAAUCGUUAUAACCAAUAUAUAUAUACCAAUACCAAUUCCCAGAUAAACCUCAGACCCAAAAUCGGGACUAUAUACAAAGACUGUAUUAUUUGUUUAUGUUAAUCAAUAAAAAUAAAUCAAUCAAUCAACCAAUCAAA